AUGGGUCCAAGGUCAAAAACAUUUGUGGACAGGUGCUCGCUAUUCUUUCCUGACCAUGAUGCCUCCCAUAAAAACAACGCUCAGUGGUCUGCACUAUGGGAGAGAGAUGGAUAUAUCGCAGAGUUUCACCGGAUGAUGGAGACGAUGGAAGAGAAUCAGCAGGAAUUGCUCAAGCAAGGGUUGUGUGAAGUAUUUUCUGACCUUCACAGUCUUCCUGCAAGCAGUGGAAAAGUGUGGAUACAAAAGCAUGAUGCCAUAGUGUUCAUAACGAAUCCUGCAUUUUACAGGAUCGACUGCAUUGGAAGGGGGGCGGAGAGUCAACGGAAGGCCCAAAAAGCACGUCGUACAAUGAAGUUGAUCAAGGGAAAGCGCAUCUUUGCGGCUGACCUCAUGGACUCACAGCCAUUCGACACUGAUGGAAAUCUGAGAAGGAAGACAGAGAGGCAAAAACGUCGGGAGAUUCGCAAAAAGAUGACCACGACCAAGAAAAACCAGAGGGUUCCCCCUCCCCCACGUCCUCGCAAAGCUAGGCCAUUUCCUAUGCACACAAGAGAAUUAGUGGACAGAGAUGAGGAAAUGGAUGUUGAUUAG